GAAACUGGUAUUCUUUUAGACUGUAGUCACAAGUUCUAUCAACGAACACAGUCAACUGCAUGUACUUUGCAUCACCGGUAAACUCCUGUGACCGAAUUUUAGUGUUCACUUCCACCUAUGGCAAAGGAACGGAGCAUUCAACAACCAUUUAGCUCAGACGAAGAAAACACUAAAAUAGCUACCUGAAUAAAGUAGUCAGUGCCAGAGGUGGAACCGCUGCCAGGGGUGGGGUAAGACGUAGUGGCACCCUUUACAGUGUACUGACUGAACGUCGUGUUUAUCUUCGUCUCCACCACCGCCCGGCACUCGGAAGCUAGGCGAAUAGCUUGAGGAGGAGGGGAAGAGAUGGAGGCUGUGGGUACGAAGCUGCCGCAGGUCUGGCGACUGAAAUUCAGGGGCGGUGGCCUGUGUGCCCCGCCUCGAGGUCUCGCCGACUCCCCGCAGCGCGGAGUUGCACGCGUCAGGACCGCUGGAAACUGCAUUGCAACAGAAAGCUGCCUUCUAAGACCACGAGAAACGUAUUAGUAUAGGCCGGAACACAAUCAAGAACGAACUCUUCUGCAAGACUUUCCCCUGGGGAAUCACCGCCGCUUCCCAUCCCAACGGGGGAAGGGCUCGUUUUGUGUGACGACACGCAGCGUAUAAAACUUCGGCCAGGCUGCGACGCGGUGGCUAACGAAUUCACUAUGACCGGAGCUGUAGCGUCCUCCUCCUCGCCUCACGAGUUGGUGUAUGAUAUUGAUGGCGUGCGAGUGGUAGAGACGAGAGAGCCUCCUCCCUGGCUGCAGGAAUCUUACGAGCUGUUCCAGAACUGGCCAGAGGGUACACCUACACCGCACUACUUCCCCCCAAAACCUGGACACCUCACCUCCAUUCUGCACCAAUUCCAAGCUGCUCUCGGCUACCAGAGACAAUCUCACCCCACUCCGCCGCAAGUCGUCACUCAACUUGCCAAGGAUGUCAGAAUUCGAGUAUCCAACAUCUACAACACUAGUUUCUCAGUCUACCACGUCGUCCAGUACACUGAGUCUAGUCUGGACCGAGACCACAUGGAAGGCACUCUAUACACCAUACAUCUCCAGAUAUCACCCAAACGUCAGGGACAUGGUGUACUGGUAAUAGAAGUGUUCAAGAGUAUAACAGACUCAGUCUUGCUAGUAAACCAUUAUCUCAGCCAAUAGCUCCCAUCACUCCUUCUCUCCUUAUUCCAGCGACUUGUCAUUCUAACCCAUCACUAUAAUAAUGUAUGAGUAGCAUCACAUGAUGUAAUGGCCCAUCAGUUCUAUAAAAUUCACUACCAUUACUGAACAGUAAAUCCAAUUAGAGUGAGACAGGCACACAUACAGGAGUUCCCCAGAGUCUGUCGCUAGAGAGUCACAUGAGCAGUGGCUGGAUGCAGUCUCGGUUCCAGUCUAGAAUGGAAUAGGG